UAAAGGAGCAGACCGCUGAUUUUAUGACCGUUAACCCUUUCUCUGCUGUCUCUUCGAAGAUCUGCUCUCCAUGUUCUCACCACGUUUUCCAACUCUGUCUUUCCUCCUGAAACGUUCUUCUAGAUUGUCCCGUUUGAACUUUAGUUCUCUACUGUACCCUUUGAAGGUUCUGAUGAGUCAAUCAAGAUAACUGAUCAGAGAUCAAUGAAGCUCAAAGGCUGCUGGGCUGAUAAACCAGGAUUAGAUAAUAAUUUAGAUUCUCAAUAAUCACCAAACAAACAUAGUGCCCCCUGCAGGAGGAUAAAAGAUCAAACAACCAUGAGUCUGAACUUAUUUAGAACUUCUUUUCAACUGUUUUACGGUUUACAUCAACAACAAACACCCCCUCAGUCUGAUCAAAUGGUACAACCCUUACCCCCCACCCCCCACCUCUCCACAGAGCUGAAUGAAUGGAUGGGGGGGAGGAAAUGUGGUGUUUCUGCAGCAACAAAUUCCUGUAGACUGCUUUGACUCUCCCAGUUAACACCAGUUUGCCUCCAGUUUGAUCUGCGUGCUCCGAAGCUCUGGUCCGGUUCCAGUUCAACUCCAGCCGGGCUUCAUUCUGACUGCUGGAGACGCUGGUUUCUGUGUGGAGAUGAAGUUGUUGCUGCUGCUGAUUCUGAUGGAGCGAGCUGCAGCUCAGCAGAAAGGAUUGUUCCCGGCCAUCUUUAACCUUGCCAGUAAUGCAGAGAUCAGCAGCAAUGCCACAUGUGGAGACCCAGAACCAGAGGUUUACUGUAAGCUUGUCGAACAUGUCCCAGGUCGAAGAAUCAAGAACCCACACUGCCCCAAAUGUGAUGCCAACUCUGUCCUGUCUAAAGAACGUCAUCCAAUCACAAACGCCAUUGAUGGAACCAAUCAGUGGUGGCAGAGUCCGAGCAUCAAGAAUGGACGCCAGCUUCACUGGAUAACCAUCACCCUGGAUCUGAAACAGGUUUUUCAGGUUGCCUACAUCAUAAUCAAAGCCGCCAAUUCUCCACGACCAGGUAACUGGAUCCUUGAGCGCUCUCUUGAUGGUGUGACCUUUGACCCCUGGCAGUACUACGCCAUCGGUGACUCUGAGUGUUUGUCUCGUUACAACGUCACACCAAGACUAGGACCGCCCACCUACAGAAGUGACACCGAGGUCAUUUGUACGUCCUACUACUCCAGACUGAACCCCCUGGAACAUGGGGAGAUCCACACCUCUCUGAUUAAUGGACGCCCUGGAGCUGAUGAUUUGACCCCUGACCUUCUGAACUUUACAUCAGCUCGUUACAUUAGACUGAGACUUCAGCGAAUCAGAACGCUCAAUGCUGAUUUGAUGACUUUAAGCAUCCACGACCCACGAGACAUUGACCCGAUUGUGACCCGGAGGUAUUAUUACUCCAUCAAGGACAUCUCUGUAGGUGGAAUGUGCAUCUGCUAUGGACACGCCCAGAGCUGCCCACUGGACCCGGUUACCAAGAAACUAAAGUGUGUGUGUGAACACAACACCUGUGGGGAAAGCUGUAUCGAGUGUUGCCCUGGUUACCGUCAGAUGCCAUGGCAACCAGGAACCCUCUCUGAAGGGAACACCUGUGAAAAGUGUAACUGUCACAACAAAGCCAGUGACUGUUUCUACAAUCAGACCAUUUCUGACCUCAGCCUGAGUUUAAACAGUCAUGGUGUUCGUCAGGGGGGCGGAGUCUGUGUCAACUGUCAACAGAACACAACCGGGAUCAACUGUGAGACCUGCAGGGACGGAUAUUACAGACCAGCUGAGGUGUCUCCGUACUCUGACUUCCCAUGUGUGGAGUGUAAAUGUGACCUACAAGGAUCCAAAUCAUCGGUGUGCAGCAAAGAAGACACUGACGCAGGUGUGUCUGCAGGUCAGUGUCAGUGUAAGGAGGGGUUCUCCGGUCAGCAGUGUGAUCGCUGUGCGUUUGGAUUCAGAGACUUUCCUCACUGUGUUCGCUGUGAGUGUAACCUGGCAGGAAGCAACAACACCGAUCCCUGCAGGCCCUGCACCUGCAAGGUGAAUGUCAUGGGAGUCAACUGUGAUGUGUGUAAACCAGGCUUUUAUAACCUGCAACAGAGGAACCCCCUGGGCUGCACCGACUGUUUCUGUUUUGGUGUUUCUAAUGUCUGUGAGAGCUCUGCCUCAUCCAUCACUCAGCUGUUUUUUUCAGAUGCUGUCCUCCAAUCAUCUGAAUCUCUCCAAGCUGCUCUAGUUGUCCAUGGAAAUGACCUCAGCAUUCCCAGCAAUGCUUCCUUUGGCACAGCCCACAAACACAUACUCUGGUGGGCAGCACCCAGCAGUUUCCUUGGCAACAAGCUGGUGUCCUAUGGAGGGCUGUUCAUCUACUCUGUUGUUUACGAUGUCCCCCUGGACAAUAAGGACCAGACCUUACCUGUCCUCUCUGAUGUCAUCAUGGAGGGUAAUGGCCGAUCUCUUCGUCUCUCGUCUCCUUUGCUCCUCUUCGUCUCUCCCCUAGCAGAACAAUCUGUCUCUGUGGAGAUGUUUCCACAGCAGUUUGUGGAUGAUCAAACUGGUGGUCUGAUAACUCGAGACGACCUGCUGCUGGUUCUGACUAACCUGACCUCACUCUUGGUCAGAGUUCAUCUGAAUACUUCUGCUCAAAGACAAAUACGACUCAGCUCAGUCUCUCUGGAUGUCAUAGAUUCUGGGUCAGGUUCUGGUGUUCAGGCAGUCGCAGUGGAGACAUGCGAAUGUCCAUGGGGUUACAGUGGAACUUCCUGUGAGGCAUGUCUACCGGGGUUCUACAGAGUUGGUGGGGUUCUGUUUGGAGGAAACUGUAUGCAGUGUGAAUGUAACGCCUAUUCCACCCAGUGUGACAUCAGUGGAGUCUGUGAGGGCUGCACCCACAACACAACUGGUCCUCACUGUGAUCAGUGCCUUCCUGGUUUCUACAGUGACCCGACUAAGGAUGACUGUCAGCUGUGUCCAUGUCCUCUAACAGAGCGUUCCAACAGUUUCAGUCCUACCUGUGUAGUGGAUGCGUCUGGAAAGGUGUCAUGUGAUCAGUGCCAGCAUGGAUACACUGGGACAAACUGUGAGAGGUGUACCAGUGGUUUCUAUGGUAACCCACAGGUCAUGGGUGGGGCCUGUGUUAGCUGUGAGUGUAACGGUAACGUUAACGUCAGUGAGGCCGGAUACUGCGAUACUGUGACUGGGGAGUGUCUGCGUUGCCUCAGCAACACGGCAGGAAAACAUUGUGAGGUCUGUCGUCCUGGUUACUAUGGAGACGCAGUGCUCACCAAGGAUUGUAAGAACUGCGGCUGUGAUGUCAACGGCUCUUUAUCCACUGUAUGUGACAUCACAACGGGUCAGUGUUUGUGCAGAGAGAAUGUGACGGGACACACCUGUGACCGCUGCCAGUCGGGGUUCUUCGGGCUUCGGAGUGGGCGGAGCUGUCAGCCCUGCGGCUGCAGCCGGUCUGGAUCUGUGUCUGAGUUAUGUGAUGAAGAUGGGCAGUGUCACUGUAAAGAUGGAGUAGCUGGAGUCAGGUGUGAUCAUUGUAGCCGUGGUUACUAUGGUUACCAGGGCAUCAACUGCACAGCAUGCAUCUGCGAUCACACUGGUGGAAACUGUAACCCCAAUAGCGGAGAGUGUGUCUGCCCCCCCAACACAGAGGGAGACACCUGCAACAGGUGUGAGACAGGUUACUGGGAUCACGACCCCACCACAGGCUGCAAGGCGUGCAGCUGCAGUGCCUCAGGAAGCUCCUCCCCCCAGUGUGACCUGCUCAGUGGACAGUGUCCUUGCAAGGAUGGCUUCUCUGGCAGGUCAUGUGAUUGGUGUGCACCUGGUUACUAUGGUUACCCAGCCUGCUCAGCGUGCAGCUGUGAUGUGGCAGGAACCAACGAGACGUUUUGCAGUAAAACACUCGGAGUAUGUGAGUGCGGACGGACUGGAGAGUGUGUGUGCAAGUCUGGCGUGUCAGGUCGGCGCUGUGAGGAAUGUGUUUCUGGUUGGUUUGCUCUGUCAGACCAGAACCCAAAUGGAUGUUCUGAAUGUUUCUGUUCUGGACUGAGCAGAGACUGUGAGGAGCAGGGAGGACUCACCAGAGUCCCUAUCAGUAUCGGUCGGUCUCCUGAUGUCUUGUCAUUGGUCAGUCUGUCCAGCCUUCAGAGUGUUAAAUCUGGGGUUUACCAACAUGGCGGCGAAAUGCUGCUGGACACCCGGCAGUUAAAUACCAGUGGGCUCGUUGGCCCCCUCUACUGGAGAAUGCCAGCUCAGGUCGAAGGGGACCAGCUGAUGUCAUAUGGUGGCUUGCUCUCUUACAUCAUCACUUUCUAUGCUGAGGAUGGCUCUGGACUGUCCAAUCAGGAGCCUCAGGUGCUCAUGAGGGGUGGGACCUUGAGGAAGCACAUUAUAUACACUGACAUGGUUACCCCUAGCAACAGCAUCGGGACACAGCAUAACAUCAAGCUGAUGGAGCACAAGUGGAAAUAUUUUAACUCGGUGUCUCAGAUGGCGGUGACCCAUGCAGACUUUCUGUCUGUCCUCAAUAACAUUCAGUACAUCCUCAUCAAGGCUUCGUACGGGACCGGCCUGCAGCAGAGCAGGAUUUCUAACAUCACUAUGGAGAGAGCUGUCAGCGCAGAGUCAGGUGACUUACAGGAAAGGGCCAAACUGAUUGAGUCAUGUCUCUGUCCACCUGGAUACAGUGGACUGUCCUGUCAGGAGUGUGCGGCAGGUUUUUUCCGGCAGCCUCAGUCUGAGCUCCCACUUCAGAGUUUGAAGACCAUGACAGUACGUCCAUGUGUUCAAUGUCGCUGCAACAACCACAGUGCAAGCUGUGACCCAGAGACCGGAGACUGUCAGGACUGUAAGCAUCACACCAGCGGGCGGAGAUGUGAUAUCUGUGCCCCGGGUUACUAUGGAAACAUCAGUGGCUCUGCAAGUGACUGUUCUUUGUGUGCCUGCCCCCUGCUGGAUAAUAGUUUCAGUCCCACUUGUGUGUCGGAUGGAGCUGGAGAUUUCCGGUGCACCUCUUGUCUGAAUGGAUAUGAAGGCAGAUAUUGUGAGAGGUGUUCUGCUGGUUACCAUGGUAACCCGACCUUGCCAGGUGGGAUUUGUUUGAUUUGUCGCUGUAGUGGGUGGGGCUCCUUCCGUCAGGUGUGUAAUGAGCUUACAGGACUGUGUGAGUGCAAGCCUGGGGUCAGAGGUCAGUUAUGCGACCAGUGUGAGGAGCGUCAUGUCCUGCAGCAGGAGGAGUGUGUGCCAUGUGAUGAUGGCUGCACCAGCGUUCUGCUGGACGACCUGGACAGACUUAACGACCUCUUCCUGUCUGUCAACCUGAGCGCCGUCACCAUGGCGCCUUACCGACAGAUGGUGCUGUUGGAGAAUCGGAUCAAAUACUUCAAGGCUGGGAUUUCUCCAAACAAAACUGUAGUGUCACAGUUGUCCAGAUUGGACGAGGACUUACACCAUCUGACCUCUGACCUCAGCACCCUGCAGCAACAGUUGAUACAUCUGUCUGAGAGCCUGAUGGAACUUCAUAUCUCCACCAAUAACAGCUGGUCCCACAGUGAGCUGCUGCUGAGGAGGGUCUGCAGACUUCAAGACAACAUUCAGGUGCUGCAGAGGGAGGCGGGGCAUCUGAACCAGACCAAUGAGAACGAGUUCAAUGUUGCCAAUAAGACCCAUCUGCUGGAAGAGGUGGGGUCCAUGCUGCAAGUCAUCAGAGGUGUAAAUCUUACAGCAGCCAAGUCAGCAGCCAAUCAGGAGCUGAGCUUCUCCGAGUCUCUCAUCCACUCGCUGGAGUUGGAUUUACUGGCCAGGUGGGCUGCAGGUGAAGACAGGCCUCACCUCCUCCGCAAUUCCCUCGGUGUUGCCAUGUCAACACUCCAGCAUGCAAGCACUCGUCUUAGUGAAGCUGCACAGCGAAACACAGAAACACACAACCUUCUGGAUGCUGUAGCCACUCUGCAGCACCACCAUAAGGCAGCCCAUCAGAACCUGAGUUCUGGGUUUCUGUUGGUGGACAGACUGAUGGAGGACAGUCAAUUCCUGCUGGAGGACACACUCAGUCUGACUGCAGACUUAACAAAGAGCAGCGCAGUGGAGCUGUUGGCCAGCCAGCUCGAUCAGUGGUGUCCUCUGCUCAGGAAACAUGUGGAAGCCUUAGUUGUUGGGCUGAAAAUGACGGAUGCUCUUGAAAACAUUUACCAUGCAGAAGCCCACGCCCACCAGCUUCAAAGCCACGUCCAUUCUCUCCAUAGCUCCAUGAUGUCAGUGUUUAACAUGUCCCAAAACACCACCCAGAUGGCUCAUCUUGAAGAUGACAUCAUACGACGUUUUGGCUCCGCCCAUCAGGAAGCCCUAACAGGCCUCAUCUCUGCCUCUCUCGCUCUCAACAUGACUGUCCAAUCAGGACAGACGCUGUCAGAGAAGGGCGGAGUCAGACUGAACAUCACCUCUAAUGUUUUAGAGGAAAGUUGGCAGCUCAACAACAUGGCUAAAGAUCUGCAGAUGAAUGUUUCCAUGGUAACCACCAGACUGCAAUUGGUCAGAGAUGGUGUGCAUAACUUCAGCCUACUGCUCCAUCAGCCAAUCAGAGAGCUCCAGAGGCUCCCUAAUGGUUCAUCCAGGUCAACCAAGCAGGCUCAGGUUCAGGCUGAAGCAGCCCACUUUGGUCUGCAGGGGGCACUGCUGAGGCUGCAGAAGCUCAAGGUGCAGCUGCAGAAUUCCUCUUCUGUGGUGGAAUUGACCAACAUCACAGUAAUGGAGACGAAUGGCCUGAUGGGUCAAGCUCAAACUGCAGCCAAUGAGGUGCAGCGCAGACUGGAGGAAGCAGAGCAUCGCACACAACAUCUGAUGGAAAGAAUAAAGCCACUGAGCAUGCUGGGAGAAACGUUGAACAGAAAUCUGUCUGACAUCAGAGAACUGAUCGAUCAGGCCCGAAGGCAGGCGGCAUCGAUAAAGGUGGCGGUGCAGGCAGACAGAGAAUGCGUUCGAUCGUACAGACCACCUAUUCAGUCCAGCAACUUCAACACUCUGAGUCUGAUCCUGAAGACUUCCCAUCCAAAGAACCUGCUCUUCUACCUGGGCAGCAACACCACGGUGGACUUCCUGGCAGUAGAAAUGCAUAAUGGGAAGGUUUCUUUGCUGUGGAACCUGGGUUCUGGUACAACACGCCUGCAGUUUCCUGAAACCGACAUCGCCAACAACCGAUGGACCAAAAUCAACGCUACAAGGUUUGGGGCCCACGCCGCUCUAUCCGUCCAUCAGCUGGAUUCUGAGUCAGCUCCUCUGCCGGCAGUAACAUCAUCUUCACCAGGAUCAUCGCGAGUUUUAGACAUUGACAAAAACACAAUGAUCCACAUUGGAGGAAUGGGAGCUGACACUCAGCGUCCUGCAGCGCUGCACUCAUCCUCCUUCCAAGGAUGCCUGGGUGAAGCCUCAUUGAAUGAGAGAAACAUCGGGCUGUGGAGCUACGACAGCCGGGAGGGAAAAUGUGGAGGCUGCUUCAGCAGUCCCCAAGCAGAGGAGACGUCUUUCUACUUUGAUGGCUCUGGAUUCUCUGUGGUCCAAAAGUCACUGAGAGCCACAUCCACCUCCAUCGUGUUGCUGUUUAAAACUCUGUCUCCAGGUGGACUGCUGCUGUACCUGGCCUCCAACAACACGAGGGACUUCCUGUCUUUAGAACUUGUUGAGGGACAUGUCCGUCUGACCUUUGACCUGGGCUCAGGUGCUCUAAUCCAGACCUCCAACAGGAAGUAUAACACAGGAGUUUGGUACAAGGUCACCCUGCAGAGGAACAAACGCAAAGGUUACCUGUCCAUCAUGGCAGCAGGCCAGUCGUCAGAGAAGGAGGUAUUGGAGGCAGAGUCUCCAGGAACCGCCUCUGACCUGAACCUCUAUGACCUCGACCCGAUCUACAUAGGAGGAUUUCCUUUUUCCAGACCAAUUAGGCGACAGGUGGUGUCCCGUGCAUAUGUUGGCUGUAUAAAAAAUGUAGAGAUUGCUCGUUCCAACUUUGACCUGCUGAAGGACGCAUAUGGAGUCCGGAAGGGUUGUGUUCUAAAGGCGGUGAGGAGUGUCUCUCUGUUGUCUGGAGGCUUCGUCCAGAUCAAUCCUCCAUCAUUCAGUCAGGAGGCGGAGCUUCUCUUUACCUUCUCCUCCGUCAACCAAUCAGGAGUCCUGCUGGCAGCCUUUAGUGAUGACCGAGCACACCGACAGUACUUCCUGUCACUUCACCUGGUCUCAGGUAUGGUGGAGGCGGAGCUUGGUGAUCUAGGCGGAGCCACACGGAAGGUUCUAGUAAAGAAGGCUAAUGGAGGAUCAUUCAGUGAUGGAAGAGAACACUCAGUGAUUAUAACUGUCAACAGGAAGUCUCUAUCCUUGCUGGUGGACGAUGAACACCUGAAGUCUGUCUCUCUGAUGCCAGGAGGAUUUUCUCGGCUGUCUCCAUCCUCUCUCUUCAUUGGUGGGCUCCCGCCUGAGAAGGCGUCCCGUCUGCCAGUCAGAUUGCGUGUUUUAUUCCAGUGGUUUAGAGGCUGCAUUCAACACCUGGUGAUGGGUGGAGCGCUUGUGGACCUAUCAGUCGCUGUCAGGUAUAAGGGAGCGGAGCUUAACAGCUGCCUGUUGGAGAAGAGCACUGUGGGGGCGGUACUUCCUGAAGACCUAGAUGCCAAACCAACACCUGACCCUGCACACCUGCAUUUAGCUCCGCCCACACACCGGAGUGCUCUCACAGCUGGAGCAUUAACAUGUGCGUCGGACCAGGAACCGUCCCUCCUGCCGUCGGCAGCUCAGUUCGGUUUGUCCAGGCACAGCCACAUGACGUUCAUCAUCAACCCCAGUGCUGUCCGAAAAAGUGUUUCAGUGAGGAUGUCGGUUCGAAGCCAGGCUCUGGAUGGCUUGAUGUUCCUCCUGUCUGACUCCAAGCAGAUGGACUUUGUUGUCCUCAGUCUUAAAGGGGGGAGGGUCAUGUUGUCAGCUGACCUAGGGAAAGGCCCCUCCUCUAUCGUCUCGUCUGUUGCUGUCAAUGAUGGAAGGUGGCACAUUGUGACUGCAGAGGUGAGCCGGAAGUCUGUGUCAGUGACAGUGGAUUAUUCGCCUCCAGCGUCUAUUCCAAUCAGAGGUAACCAACUGGAUGUGGACAAGACACUUUUCCUUGGAGGAUUACCUCACGGUGUGAACAGCAGGAGGAUCAGCGUCAGCAGCAGUUUCCCAGGUUGUAUCCGGUCUGUCAGUCUGAACGGCACCAUGUUGGAUUUGUCCAAGCCAAACUCGCGGGAUGAUGUUACUUCCUGCUUCUCCAAGGAUCAGAAAGGAACUUACUUUAAUGGCAGUGGACAUGCUGAACUGAUGCAUGAUGGGUAUAAGGUUGGCGCUGAUAUGUUGGUGUCUCUGGAGUUCCGAACCAGCCGAUCAGAAGGAGUCUUCUUGGGAAUCAGCAGUGCAAAGGUGGAUGCUGUUGGGCUGGAGAUGGUUGAUGGACAGGUGGUGUUCAACGUGAACAACGGGGCAGGUCGGGUGUCGGUGCGCUCGAUUGGUCAGAUGCUGUGUGAUGGACAUUGGCAUCACCUGCUGGCCAGAAAAACAAAACACGCCCUGACUCUGAGCAUAGAUGGGAGUAAAUACAACACCCUUAACCCUUACCCACAAUCCACCUCUGCUGAGACCAACAAUCCUGUGUACCUGGGGGGAUUUCCAGCUGGCGUUAAACAGAACUGCCUGACCAUCAGAUCCAGUUUCAGGGGAUGUCUGAGGAACCUGCAGCUCGCCAAGUCUCACCUGAACAUCCCUCUCGAUCUCAGCUCCUCCCACUACCUGUCAGGCGUCACUCCUUAUUCAUGCCCUGCUGCGUAGCAACCGUCAGCGUGCUGAGGUGUUUCAGAAGACAGAAGCUGGUUGAUCUGUGAUUGAUCUUCUGAUGAUUACUGUGAUCUUUUUUAAUGCUGAGAAUGUGAAAAUCAGCUCGUUUAGACUGAUGUCAUUCCUGAUGUACACAAACACACAUAAACAAAUAAACCAGGAAAGUAGAA